AUGUCCGUGGACGAUCUUCUCCGCCAAUACCAGGGACAUAUUGUCAGUCAGAACUACAAUGCCGGCUUCAUCGCCCUUAGCUAUCUUGUUAGCUUUGUCGGGUCUGCAUCGACGCUGGAACUGAUAAAUCGUCGGACGGGCUCAAAAGGCUUCUUCAACCAACUGACCGCCCCAUGGCACUUCAUCGGCAAUCGAGCCAUCGAUUUGGCAAACGGAGAACCUGAGCUGCAGGUAGCCUACUCAAGUGGUUUCACUGCGGUCUCCUUUUUCGUCCCGAUUGUCGUGCUCCUGGCAGCCUUUAUCGCUUUCGGCACGAACAACCAUGUUUCCUGGUGGAGAAUUACAGUUGGGAGCAUCCUUUGCGGCGCCGCUAUCUGUGGAAUGCACUAUCUCGGAAAUGCAUCCAUCAAUAACUACAAAUGCAUCUACCAAGUGGCGUUCAUCAUCGGCGCCGCCAUCAUCGCCGUGUUCGCCAGCUUUGUUGCCCUGUCUGCCUUCUUCGUGUUCCGAGGCAUAUGGGCCAACUCAUGGUGGAAGCGGGCUCUCUCCGCUAUCGUCCUGGCGGGUGCUGUAUCGGGGAUGCAUUGGUGUGCUGUCGUCGGGACCCGGUAUCUGCUUGUCGAUAUUAAGCCCAAGGACAACGAACCAUCGAGGAAUGCAACUGUGAUUGUAGUGAUCUGUCUGUCACUUGCUGCCUGUUUUAUCAUCGCAAGUUCGGCUAUCUACCGGGCUCGGAAAAUGAGGAAGUCUGCUCUUCGUGCGCAGCAGAUUACCUUGGGCACUGCAGUCUUUGAUACGCACGGUAGAGUUCUGGUCGACGCUGAUGGCCUUAUCCCUAGCGCGGUCGUCACAGACUCGUUCUUGGAGAAGAGUAGAAAAGAAGGGUUCAACAAUACUCAUCCUGUUUUCAAUUGGAUGUUCCGAGCUUCCAGGAAUUGGGGUGGCAUUUCAACACUCCUGGUUGGCAUGAAGCACCAUUUGCUCCAGUUAUCAUCACCUUCUUCCACAACGGCUGAUGAGGGUGGCAUCCAAUUGAUCAACGAACAUGGGGAGAUGGUUGAAAAUUACGACAUUAUUUUCCGCGAACUUUUCUGCGUUGCUGCUAUGAACCUUGCUGAACGGCUGAGGCUGAAUAUAUCCUCCAUCGGUGUUCUCUGGGAUGAGAUACUACCCACUGGAGCGUGUCGCAAGACAGGGGCGCAGAGCAAGAGACAACACCAGAGCCAUAGCAGGCCAAGAAGCGAGCAUACAACUGGAGAAGACCAGGGAGAGAUCGAUCUGGCCGAAAAAGGGCUGCACGAUGCGCAGCUAGAAUAUGGACGUGGCUCUCUUAUGUUCUUGGUGCAUCGGGUGCAGACAAGUCGCGAAGCUGAACGAUUAGCAUCAGCAGGUUACCGAUUCGCCGAGCUUCAUCAAGUGAGUAACUUGAUCCAAACGAGCAUGCAAAUCCAGUCAGCCGAUUUUGAGUCAGUACUACGAGUACUGGAAUUGUACGCCGAUCAGGACCGACGACCGUCUGGAGUCCAUGUAGGCUUCUUUGCCAUUCGCGCCAGGGUCGAUUCCCGGGGUUUCGAUGUACUAGUUCCGAAAGGGGCUCGACAUUUGCUUCCAUCUCAGUCCCUCCAUCUAGAGGACAUCCAACGCUCGCACGUGGAAUUCCUGCGGCAUUUCGAAGGCAUGACGGUGUCAAGCCUCGUCCCGAGACUGUUGGAAGGAAGCGCUGCAGGGUCACCGCCGAAAAUGAAAGAGUUUGCGAAACAGAUGGGGGAGGCCAUCAAAGGUCUGCGGUUAGCGGUAAAGGAGCCGUUGUUCGAACAGGCUGUGCUCUCACCGACAAUCUUGCGGCUGCCCAGUCCGGAUGGUGAUCAUGGCCAGAUGGAGACAGUCAUGAUAACUCUGCGGCUCGUGGUUCCGAUCCAUUCAGUGCUAUCGAGCCCCGACUGCGAGCUAAUACCGUUGAGCGUCUUGAAGAUGCACCAGAUCUCAGGGCGCCACCACCAAGAAUUUGCGCAGGAGGUGCACCGAGAGUUCGGGCCCUUCGUGAAGACUGUGCCUCCCCGUACGGGUAAUAGUGAAAAAGGCCGUUCGUGGCCGGCUACCAAGCUGUUGAGGCUUCAUCCGGGGGGGUCUAUGAUGAACAAGAGGUCGGUGGCAAUGGUGACCAGGAAGCAGGCCUCAUUAGCACCAACUAAGUCAAGCUCGACUGUCAAUCUUUGCCAACCGGACAGCAGCAACCGUUCGCGAUCGGUAGAUACGGUUGAAAUGGUGGAUGAGGCUGAAAGAUAUCGGUCACAGGAGGACUGGAAUGUGGUACCGCAAUCCUAUGGAGGUAUCUUGGUGUCCAAGGAAGUAACCAUCAACAUUCAAAAUGGGCAAACAAGCACAGGAGAGAAUGAAGGAACUAUAAAGAGCCAGAGCAUGGUUGUUGUCGAGGACGAGGACCGAGUACAGAAGACGACGUCAAGGUCCAGCAGCAUCGAGUUGCAGCCGAUGAGCGGUAUGGCUGUGAAAGCUCAAACAGGUUUGCAGGUUUCCAAAGUCCAUGUGUAUAGCGGCUCGGCCACCGACAUUCAGACCUAUGUCGAUAUUUUGUUUGCUGACGCCAUGGGAAGUCGCUAA